AUGCCUCUAUUAAAUUCUAAUAUACCACCUAUACAACAACAACAAAAUUACCUUCUUCAAAUGAACAAUAUAAAUGGUAAUAAUGCAACAACUUUACAAGAUUUUGAUUAUCAACAACAACAUCUAUCACCUCUAUUAAUGCAGCAACAACAACAAGUUAUGAUGUAUAGUAAUAAUGAUAGAAUAUCGUCAUCAUCUGCAACAAGAAAAUUUAAUGUAAAUGCAACAAGAAGUAAUUCUAGUUCGAGUUCAAAUUCUAGUGUUUUAAGUGCAUUAAGAACAACAAAUAAUAUUAGUAGUCUAUCAUCAUCACCAGGCUCAAAUAUUGGUAAUAAUACAUUUGGUAAACAUUAUGAUUUAUUAAAUAUUAAGAAUAGAAAUAAAUUAUUUGAAGAUGAUGUAUUGUUUUGCCCUAGAGCUUUAUUAUCACAAAGUGAACUGAAAACAAGAGAUGAAUUAGAUAAAUUCUUAAUGGAUAGAUAUAAUGAAUAUAUGAUAUUUAAUGGACAACAACAGCAACUUCAUAUAGAUGAAAAGAAAAAUAGUAACAACGGUAGUAUUAAUAAUGGACCAAAAUUUAAUCCUUACGCUUCAAAGAGUUUCACCCCUGGUAAUUAA